AGUCUCUACGAAGAUCCAGCGCAUUUACAGACAUGAAGGGAAGCACAGCUGUACUUUCUGUACCAGUCACUCCUCCUCCAUCAGUAGGACGCUGCUCCACCCUCUCCAGCGCGUUCAUCUCUCCGUCCGUUACUGUCCCACGAGUGUAGAGGAUUUCAGCACCGGGACAGAUCCACCACCGUCUCAGGCAACAUGGCGACUGAGUUUCACAACCUUCAGGAGCUGCGUCACAGUGCGUCUCUGGCCACCAAGGUCUUCAUUCAGAGAGACUACAGUGACGGCACAAUCUGCAAAUUCCAGACCAAGUUCCCUACAGAGCUGGACAGCAGGAUCGAGAGGAGCCUGUUCGAAGAAACGGUGAAGACGCUGAACUGCUGUUAUGCAGAGGCUGAAAAGAUUGGGGGUCAGUCCUACCUGGAAGGCUGUCUGGCUUGUGCUACCGCCUACAUCAUCUUCCUGUGCAUGGAGACACGCUAUGAAAAGAUCCUGAAAAAGAUCAGCAUGUAUAUUCAGGAGCAGAAUGAGAAGAUCUAUGCACCCAGAGGUUUGCUCCUCACAGACCCCAUCGAGAGAGGCAUGAGAGUGAUUGAAAUCUCCAUCUUUGAAGACAGUGGCUCCACCUGCUCCAGCUCCACUGGAAGUUCUCCAUCCAGUAGCACGGCUCAAUGACUGGAGGAGCAGCGCCAGGGGUAUGGGUACAGGGGGGCCAGUACGCUCCCCAAAAUCCGCAUGUUGAAACAUGAGAGCACCAGAUUUUAAAGAAAGGGAGUGAGAGAGAGAGGAAGUACAGGUACUGCUCACUCACUCACUUCUUCCAAACAACAAGCGCAAAGCCAGGAGCUUUGACUCACAAACACACCUCCCUUUCUCCAUCUCUUUUGAUUUUGAGCCUCCUCUGCAUUUCCAUUGGUGACAGACACAUUUUGAUCAGACGCCUUCAAUACUGAAAUAAAGAGGCCUAGCAGACAGGUACAAUGGAUAGAGUGCUUCCAACAGAUUUCUAACUGUGUGUUAGCUCUGGAAAAUCCAGAUUAAGAUGGUUUUGAAACAUAUUACUAUAAUAUUUUUUGUUAAAGGUGCAGUAUGCAAUAUUGACAGCCAUUAGCUACCGCAAAUGGGUUGACAUGGGUUCAAAUUCAAAAUAUUGGAGGGAGUUGUUUUUCCUGUCCCUCCUUCUUAGACUUUACGCUCAAAAGGUUUGCCAGAUUGAGGGCACACAAUAUGAACGAUCGCAACUAACAACGAAAAGUGAUGAGCCUGACACUGUAAAGCCCCUUUGGACCUGGAAAAUUGCCGGAACAUUGCCGGGU